AUGCCCGACGAAAAACACAUAUACGAAGCGCUUCCAAUACCUACCUAUUCCGAAGCUAUCGGCGAAUCCUCCCGGGGCUCAACACCCAUAACUCCUCGAUCCAAUUCCUCCAACGAAUCCGCACAUCCAGCCGAACGAGAAGGCCUUCUAGGCCAUGAUCCCGGUGCAAGAAUCCCAGUUCCUACUCGCAGAGCUGGUUAUCGUCCUCCUCCUACCGAAGAUGGCAUCUCUAAUCGAGGCAGUAUGGAAAGGGAUACAUUUCUAAAUCAACAUGGCGAGCGCGAAAGUGAAGAUGAUGAGCAGGAACUCAUGGUGAAGAAUGGAUUAGAGGAAGUAAAGAUGGACGAAUAUGGAGUUUAUCUGAAUUAUCCAAAGGAGGGAGGAAGGAAAAUCGAAUUACUUGGGGAAGAUGGGAAUCCCACUUGGCAGGCUAAGAUUGAUGAGCCACAACUUUAUACGAAUCCACCGCGACAACAAACGCCUGUUUUUCAUGGACAUUCGAAGGCCGGAGACGUGACGGGACCGUUAUUAUAUUGUAAUUAUGGAUCACAAGCUGAUUACAAAACAUUUUACGAUGGUGGAAUUGAGACAGAAGGAGCAAUUGCUUUGGUUAGGUAUUACGGUACGCAAGGAGAUAGGGCUUUAAAGGUCAAGGCUGCGGAACGUUGGGGUUUUAAAGCUGUGAUAAUGUAUAGUGAUCCGGCCGAUGAUGGAUUCACUUUGGGUGAUACAGCCCCCAAUGGUAGAUAUAUGCCAAAAGACGGGGUUCAACGUGGCGCAGUUAGCUUGAUGAGUUGGGUGGUGGGCGAUGUUCUUACCCCUGGAUGGGCAAGUGUAAAAGGGGCAAAACGAAUACCAAAAGAGAAUAAUCCGGGGUUGACGAAUAUUCCCAGUAUCCCUAUCUCGUGGGGAGAUGCACAAAAACUUUUGCAGUCUAUUCAAGGAUUUGGAGUUGAAUGUCCUCCAGAUUGGACAGGUGCGGUUCCUGAUGUUAAAUAUUGGUCUGGAAAUCUUUCAACACCGAAAGUUCAUCUUGUUAAUGAACAGGAUGAAGUUGAGCAACAACCGAUUUGGAAUGUUUUGGGCAAAAUUACCGGUGUUGAGCAAAAGGAAAAAUCCGUCAUUGUUGGUAAUCAUCGUGAUGCUUGGGUUUUUGGUGCUACGGAUCCUGGUUCAGGUACCGCGAACAUGGAAAAGUUACGCAAGGAUGCUUUCGUUUAUCUUAAUGUUGAUGUAGGCGUUGGUGGUGAUAAAUUCAGAGCAGCAGGAAGUCCGGUUUUCAAGAAAGCUCUUCUUCGAGUCUUAGAUCGCACAACGGAUCCGUAUCGAAAUGCUACUCUUCGACAACUAUGGGACGAGAGGAAGGGUCAAUUAGAAGGUCUAGGAGCUGGAAGUGAUUAUGUUGCUUUUCAAGAUAUGGCAGGAACAUCUUCUCUUGAUUUUGGAUUCGAAGGUCCUGUCUAUCCAUAUCAUUCAGCAUAUGACAAUUUCGAAUGGAUGGCCACUCAAGGCGAUCCCAAUUUUCGCUAUCACAAACUUCUCGCUCAAGUCUGGGCUCUUCUCAUUCUCGAAUUUUGCGAUCGCGCAGUCCUUCCUUUUGAUUUCAGAGCUUAUUCCGCAUCCCUCUCGAGUUGGGUUAUAAAUUUGGAAGAUUGGGCAGCAAGUUUGGCUUCGCAUAGAAAGAGUCAUAAUACUCGGAUGGCGAAUUUUGAAACUCAUCUUUUGGAUUUGGAGGAAGGUGGUGGGAUACCCAAUAGAACACAAUUUAAACAUGUCAUCUUUGGCCCGCAACUCUGGUCCGGAUAUGAAGAGGCGUACUUCCCGGCGAUUAGGGAUGCGGUUGAAGUGGGUGAUUGGGCGUUGGCUAAGGAUUUGGUCGAGAAGACGGCGAGGAUUAUUAAGAGGGCUAGUUCGAAGAUGGCGGAUGGGUGA